UAUUGAUUUAAGCAUAUAUUUUAGUGUUUUUAUUUUAUUUUUUAUUAUUUUCAUUGCUGUUGUUGUUUUUGUAUUCCCUGAACCCCUCUUAUUUUUAAGCUGCUUUAAGAACAAUGAAUUUAUUUGAAAGAAAAAAAGUAAAAAUGCAUUUAAACAUUUUUUUAAGAGAGUGUUUUUUUUUAAGUAUAACUAUUUGGAUGAAUUGCAAAAAAGCACCCUUAUUGAACUCGGAGUGCGAGUUGAGCCCAUCCUCACAACAUCAAACAAAAAGUAGAUGAAGAAACUCAACGAAUAGCUGGUGGAUUCUAGAACUUUCUGUAAAUGCAGCAGGUGCCAUUUUGUUUUAUCAAUGGACGGAGAUGGAUUACGAACUUGCAAGUCCUGGUGUGCUCUGUUCACUUUCAACCGAGGAACGCUUAACAAAAAUACAAGAGUGGGGCUUAGAUGUCACCGAAGCUGAAGCUCAGCGUUUCAGAGACAAUGAGGUUGAUGGUGACACAGUUGACUGCGGUCUUACUGAGACUAUGGUUGCAUACCUUUUCCAAGGAUCCUUCAAAAAGCAGGUUAAAUUCAACCAAUUUGUGUCAAGGAUGAAGGAAUCUUCAGUGACGCUGACUCUACAGACUGUCUCUCCAGAAGACUGGCAACCAUCUACUUCGUCAACUUCAAUAAGCAAUGAAAAUACUUUGAGACUGCCAGCCUCUUUUGAAAUUCCAAGAUUUCCCAAAAAUCUGCAACUAAAACUGGACAACAAAGAACCGUGCCAUAAAAAUCCAAGGGACAGACACACAAUAAUCAGAGUUCUAUAUGAAGCUGUGGCACAGUAUACUAUGUAUCCCACAAAUUCUGAAUAUGUGCAAGCUGUGAAGACGCUGGUAAUGAAGUAUCCUUUCCUCAAGGAUCGUGAGGGAAAUGGUUAUGGACCAUGCGUCCAAGGAGAGGAUUUAUUAUCCAUAGACGCCCACUUAAAGGUCUUACAGUGCCAAUAUCAGAAGAUGCAACCAGAUACCAUGGUGGUUCAUAACCGUAUGCAGCAAACGUUUGCUUGGUGGCAAAAAGAAAUUGCAGAUGGUAUGCCUGUGGAGGAUGUGUUGAAGAAGUACCCCUUCUUAGGGAUGCCUACUGGUCUGUGCAACGAACUCGGGUGGAUCCAACCAACAACGGGUAAUGUAAGCCAGCGAUUUCGUGAAGGGCUCUCAUGUGUUGCAGCAAAGGUGAUUGACCUUACACGAGGGAAAACCCCACUCUACCAGCUCUACCUUGAUGCAAGAGAAGAGGCUCUCACUGAUGACCUACCAGAUCUUGACACAAGGGCUGCACUUUUAUUCCUGCCAUACGUCUUCAAGGAGAAACUGGAUCUCUUUGUCAUACUUGGAGAGGUUCAUCCUAAAACCCCCUAUCCAACUGUUCAGCUACUUCAUGAAGACUGGAAACCAGUGUUCUCCAGAAGCGCUCCAAACAUUGUGAAGUUGGAUGGCAGUGAAGUGUGCAGAACCUCGUGUAUUUUUGAAGGAAUCAUCUCUUCUUUCUGCUUGUAUUUUGUCUUCAACCUUGCUUACCCAAAACAUCUGAAGAACACCCUGAUUUUUCUCCAAAAGUACAUUGUGAAAAUAGAUGAGGGUGAGGACCGGCCUCUGCCAAUCACAGUCACCAGUACAGUUAUCAGAGAGACUUCAGAGUGUUGGUAUUGUUGGAUCAGCAUCUCAAAAGUGGUGCCUGUUCAGAUUGCUGCCAUUUCUGAUGGCAGACCGUGUGCCACCUAAUUGUAAAUAUUGGCAUGUUUUUCUUCUAUGUCGUGAAAUAACAGAGAUUGUAAUGGCUAAAAAAGUGCGAAAAGAGAAUAUUUUAUUGUUGAAGUUGCUUGUCCAUGAGUUUCUCACAAAACUGAAAAGUGUAUUUGGGGAUGUAAUUACACUGAUUGAAAUGUUCGGCCCUCUACGUUUGUUAUGGUGUAUGAGAUUUGAAAGUAAGCACCAGUAUUUCAAAACGUUGUCCCGCAAUUGUAGAACUUUUAUGAACAUUGCUACAACUUUGAGCAACAGACAUCAGUUCAGACAGUGCUGGGAGUUUUCUAACAAAAGUUUACUUGGUGAAUUUGAAAAUGUUUUUGGAAAAAGUGUGACUACACCAUUUUUGUCAUUACCACUGGAACUGCAACAAGCACUGACAGUCUAUUGUGGCUUUUCUGAAGUUGAUAGUGCUAAGAAAGCUUUCCAGCGUGUGUCAGAAGUAAUUGUGAACAGUGUCAAAUACUGUGUAAGAGAUGUGUUUGUCAUUGAUGUACUGCAUUCAGAGAAGAUUCCUCUGUUCUGGCAAAUUAAGUACAUAUUUAAUAUUGACACAAUGUGGGUCUUUUGUGGAAAAAUUCUCAUUCCUCUGUUAUAUGACAACCAUUUUCAUUCAUACAGUGUUAGAGUUGAUAGUGAAUGGAUGUUGCUAAAACCUGGACAGGAAAUUGAUGUUGCAGCUUAUGACACAUACUCUGUUGAUAACAGUUUGUAUGUAACAGUUAAGCAAUGUAUUUAAGAAGGUAAUAAAUGUGACAAGUAUUUUUGA